AUGGCACGAGACAAGGAGGAGCUAGCCGUCACCAUCGACAACCAGGCCUCAUAUACGCCCGAGGAAGAGAAAGCCGUCCUACGUAAGAUUGACCUCGUGGUCCUGCCCUUCAUGUGCUUCGUUUUCAUGCUGCAGUACCUCGACAAGCAGAGCCUCAGCUACGCAGGUGUCUUUGGUCUGAUCGAGGACCUCAACCUCACCAGCUCCCAGUAUUCCUGGUGCAGCUCCAUCUUCUACAUUGGGCAGCUCGUCUCCGAGUACCCUUUUAUUUACCUCAUGAGCCGGCUUCCUCUGACUAAAUUUGUCGGCGGGACUAUUAUUGUCUGGGGUGCAGUUUGCAUGUGCCUCGCCGCGCCGAAUAACUAUGCGGGGUUCGCCGCCGUGCGCUUCCUGCUGGGAUUCUCCGAGGGUGCCGUGUCGCCGGCGUUCGUGACCAUAACGUCCAUCUGGUGGCGCAAAGACGAGCACACGCUCCGCACGGCCCUCUGGGUCACCAUGAACGGUGUCGCCCAGGUUCUCGGCUGCCUUCUCAUGUACGGCAUCGGGCGCAAUUCGUCCCUGAGCAUCGCGCCCUGGCGCGUCAUGUUCCUCGUCUGCGGGGCGCUGACGACGGUGUCGGGAGUGGCAUUCUUCAUCCUCAUGCCGCACGGCCCCAAGGACGCGUGGUUCCUGAACGAGAGGCAGAAGCAGGUCCUGGCGGCGAGGAUGGCCCAGGAUAGGGAGGGCGGUGACAAGACCUCCUUCUCCGCGGUGCAGCUCAAGGAGGCCAUGCUCGACCCCAAGGCGUGGCUGGUCUUCUGGUUCGGCGUCCUGGUGACCAUGCAGUCGCCUGUGCUGACGUUUGCGUCCCUCAUGAUCAAGUCCAUCGGCUACGACGAGUUUGACACGAUGCUGUACACGGCGCCGUCCGGGGCUGUGCAGGUCUUGAUGCUGUGGAUCGGCGUGGCCUUUUGCCAGAUAUUCCCCAAGAACAGGUCCUUGGUGGCCGUCGGUCUCAUCAUCCCCCCCAUAGUGGGCAACGUGUUGCUCAUAAGACUGUCCUUGGACCAGAGAUGGGGCAUCAUCGCUUCUGCAUGGCUUGCUUCGUGCAUAACGUCCAUCAUGACAAUCUUACUCUCGCUAUCUGCGUCGAAUGUAAAAGGCAACACAAAACGUUCGAUUGUAAACACCAUGUUCUUCAUCGGUUACUGCGCAGGGUGUAUUGGUUCGCCGCAACUGUGGACCAAUAGCCCGCGAUACAAGGAGGGCGUCAUUACCGCCUUGGUGACAUGGGCUCUUCUCUUCAUCUGCAUCAUUGUUUACCGCUAUCUAUGCGUGUACGAAAAUAAGAAGAGGGACGGUGAAGUCUCUAAUUCCGAUGUUGAUGUAUCGCAGAUUGUCGUGCUGGAUAAGAAUGGUCAGCCAAAGUCAGAUCUAACGGACAAGGAGGAUCACAUGUUUAGAUAUAGUUGGUAG